AUGCCUUCUGUGAACUCAACCUUGCGGGGUGGAACCACCCAUGAUGAAGAUGGUGAUGAUCUCUAUCAAACUGAAGCCUCUGCCCCCGAAGCAUCGCCCAAUGCACCAAAUUUGAUGGCCGAAUCCCUUGUUGAGACGCCUGAUGAUGAGGCGACAAGGAAGGAAACUGCCGCUUCCCUUGCUGCUUUGAAUGGGCCUCCAAGCACUGUCUCUCCUGUUGAAACCGGAACAGGUAGUGGCACCAAGCGCAAGCCAACUCCCAAGACAACCUCUCGCAAGACAAAGUCGAAGACAGUGCGUAUCAGUGUUGGUUGUCGAGUCAAGUGCAAGAGAGGCGUCUUGUUUCUUCUGUUGACAACGGAUUCGCAGAAGGCGACUAUCAAAGGAUUCAACCAGCAGCGCAACUGCUUUGGGACAAUUGUUUCAGGGAAUGCAGGCAAUGGAUACAAUGUAAAGUUUGAUGAUUUGCCUGUGGACGAGAAGGACGUCUUUGUGAAGAGGAAGAAUCUUGUUCCUGUCGAGAAGGGGACGGAAGAAGAGAAGUUCGAUCAUGCUAACGAUGACCCUGAAGUGAUCGCCGAGAAGGUUGCAAAGAAGCAAAAGAAGAAGAGUCCUUUCCAAGAGAGCGUCGAUGACUUCAUAGGCUUGGACAAUUCUUUGAUUGCUGACGCGAAGACAUAUGACAUGAGGUACAAUGAAGGCGGCGAUAAGGUAACUUGGACCAUUCAUGCUGAUGACGAAUUCAUUAGCACGGAAGAAGAUCCGAUGUCCUAUCCAGAGAAGGUUGAUCUGAAGAAGGAGAUUGACUAUGAAGAUUCUGACUUAGCGGACGUUUUGUUUGAUCACUUCUUCCCUUGCAUUAAAGGCCAUGCAGAGAAGAUUGACAAGUAUCACCGAAACAAGAAUAGCCCGUACUAUCAGACAGUCAAGAAGGAACGCAUUAUCUUCCAUAAUGAUGGUGGUGGCGAUCCAGACAUCUAUGUGAAGCAGUGUUACUUAUUGAUGAUCGCUGCUGCAUCCGAAGCAGAGACCGGUGUUGAGAACCUUUGGAAGAGGGGAAAAGGCAGUGGGCGUCGCGAUCAUGCUGACUUCGGUCAAUACUUGCCCAUGAACAUGUUCAAGGCAUUCAUUUGUUGCGCCCCAUUGAUGUUUGGUCCUGAAGAACUCUGGUUCACCGAUCGAAGAGAUAUGCCCUGGGAAAUGUUCGUACCGGCUGUGGACAGCUACAACAAGAGGAGGCAAGAGCUGUUCCAGACAGUCCUCUUCAUGCUGGACGAAUCGAUGAGUGGAUGGUGUCCCAAGAACUCGAAGACUGGUGGGCUUCCAAACAUUACAUAUGAGCCAAGGAAACCUGUUCCACUUGGCACGAUGUUGAGGAAUGGAGUGGAGUGCAUCACCGGUUGCCUUGUCAACCAAGAUCUUGUGAUGCAACCAGAGAAACAGAACUUUAAGGACUAUGUCUACUCAGACGUCCAGGAACAAGUUCGAGAGACGACAUCUCUUCCUGGAUCGCCAGUGAUGCCCGGUCAUGCCGCUGAAGUCCUGCGUCAAGUUCGUGAUGCCAAGGUUGAAAGAGGAGGCUGGUGUGGCGGUGACGCUUGGUUUGGUUCAGUUGCCACUUGUGUGGAACUGAAGAAACGUCUUGGUGUCCAUUCCACUUUCAUCAUGAAGAACAACAAGCACUUCUUCCCUAUCGAGGCACUUAUGGCUGUGCUCACUGCAAGACACGGUGACAGACCGGCUGGGCACUGGGUCACUAUGACAACAGAAAUCGCUGGGGUCAAGUUGAUUGCUAUGGCUUAUGCAUGGUCGCAGAAAGGGGUAUCCUACUUUAUUUCUACAUGCGGAUCUACUGAACCAUCCGAAAUCAAGUACGAGUCCAAGUUUGAAGAUGCCUGGGGAAAUACCUGCAGCAAGAUGCUCAAUCGCCCAAGGUUAUGCCACUUCAUAUAUGAGUAUCUUCCUCUCAUUGAUGAACACAACAAACAGCGACAGAAUCUCUUGGCUUUGGAAAAAUGUUGGCUCACCAAGGACUGUUGGACAAGGUUGUUGACUACUCUCCUUGGCCAGUCGAUUGUUGACAUGCAACGCCACUGGCGCUAUCAGCAGAUUGAAGUCCAUGGCGAGAGUCGUUCGAGUGUGGACCAAGUGAGAAUCCACAAUUUCGCCGAUCGCAUUUGUGCAAGCUUGCGUCCUUGGGGGAAACCCCGCAGACAUUUCCAAGACCCAUCCCUUGUGCAGACAGAUAUCGAGCGGAUCACCAACAAGGACGGGACCACCACAAGGAAUUUGUCCAAGACACAGUCAAAGAAUGGCAGAAGGACCGGCAACUCUGUCACCUUGAACUGCUGGAUUUGUCGUGGUUUCGCUGAUCGCAAGGGCAAGCCGAUUCAGUACCAGACCUCCUGGCGCUGCAAGAACUGUCAUGCUCCUCUCUGCAACGUCGAUCGCACUCAGGAUAAGAAGUUUGGUCCAAAUGGGAGGUCUCACACUUGCAUGGAAACUCAUUGGUGUGCGCGAGGAGACAGCGUUUUGGCUUGCAAUGAGUUCCACACUGACAAGAAGAUCUUCCCCAAGAAGUUCAUCAUCAACCAGCACCCUCGCCGCAGUGGUCGCAGCAAUGCAGAGCGUUAG